AUGUCUCGGACCGAAUUAAGCCAAAACCUGCUCGCAAGUAGUGCGAAGCCGCAGACCGCCGCAGACAAGAUUCCAAUCCUGGCACGUGGCGCUGUCGGUGAGCGUGCCAGUAAGGCAUUGAAUCUUGUCCAACAAUUCGUUGAGCAAGAGUGCAUCCCUGCCGACACUGUCUACUAUGCCCAACUAGGCGAGGGCGAGAAGAGAUGGACCACCUAUCCGCCUAUCAUUGACGAUCUGAAAGCAAAAGCGAAGAGGCUAGGCUUAUGGAAUCUGUUCCUUCCAAAGAAUCAUUUCAGUCAGGGCGCCGGAUUCUCGAACCUAGAGUAUGGAUUAAUGGCUGAAUACAUGGGCUCGAGCAGAACUGCUUCAGAGGCAUGCAACUGUGCUGCGCCAGACACUGGCAACAUGGAAGUUCUGGCCAAGUACGGAGACGACGCUCAGAAGAGACAGUGGCUUGAGCCACUUCUUGACGGCUCAAUAAGAUCUGCGUUCCUGAUGACCGAGCCGGAUGUUGCAUCUAGCGAUGCCACCAACAUCACUCUGACGAUGAAGAAGGAAGGGAAUGAAUACAUCCUCAACGGCUCGAAAUGGUGGUCCAGCGGUGCAGGCGAUCCCAGAUGUAGAAUUUAUAUCGUCAUGGGCAAGUCUGAUCCAGACAAUAAGGAUGCGUACCGGCAACAGUCUGUCAUGCUUGUGCCAGCAGAUACGCCUGGUGUUACCGUCAAGCGAGUGCUCUCCGUAUAUGGCUACGACGAUGCACCACAUGGCCAUGCGCAGAUCACUUUCGAGAAUGUACGUGUUCCUGCUGCAAACAUGGUUCUCGGCGAGGGUCGGGGCUUCGAAAUUAUCCAAGGUCGACUUGGCCCUGGCCGAAUACAUCAUGCAAUGCGUUCCAUCGGAGCUGCAGAGAGAGCCUUGGAGUGGAUGGUUGCCCGCGUCAACGAUACCCGAAAGAAGACAUUUGGUCGUGCAUUGAGUGAGCACGGCGUGCUCCUUGAAUGGAUUGCCAAGUCACGAAUUGAGAUCGACGCCGCUCGCCUUGUCGUGCUCAAUGCAGCGAUGAAAAUUGACGAAAAGGACGCAAAAAGCGCUCUCAAAGAGAUUGCCGCGGCAAAAGUUCUGAUACCACAGAUGGCACUUACUGUCAUCGACCGUGCGAUUCAGAGCUUUGGUGGGGCUGGUGUCUGUCAAGAUACUCCAUUAGCCAACAUGUGGGCACAGAUUCGCACGCUAAGAAUCGCAGACGGCCCAGACGAGGUGCAUCUGCAGCAACUUGGUAGGAAUGAAAACAAGCAAAGUCGACAGAUCAUGCAAAAGCUCGAAAGGCAGAAACUUGAAGCUCAAAGAAUGUUGCAGCAGUUGGGUCUGCAACAAAAGUCUAAGCUUUAA